GUCACACGUCGCGAGACAUUCACACACCUUCAGACGUGGCUGGAGGACGCGAAAGCGAACGCCAAUACCGCCAUUGUUAUUAUGUUAAUUGGGAACAAAUGUGACUUAGAGGCCAAGCGACAGGUGUCGCGGGAGGAGGGAGAGAGUUUCGCCAGGAAGAACAACCUGGUGUUUAUGGAGACAAGCGCCAAGACGGCGCAAAAUGUGGAUGACGCCUUUAUGAAGACCGCCAUGAUGAUUUACGAGAAUGUGCAGAGCGGUGUUGUGGACCUAUCCGUGGUGUCGGGUAAGCCUUCGCCUGCGGCUGCGGCCGUCACUCCUGCGACGCGAGGAGGCAGCUCCAACCAAUGCCCUUGUUGA